AUACCGGUAGAUAUCAAAAUUAUCGUGGCGCCGCCGUGUAUAGACAUGGGAAGAAUAAAUACAUUUUUUAACAUUUAUUCAGUAUGGGCUAAUAUUGGAGUGGCGUCAGCGGCUCCCUUAUUUGCAUUCGCCUUUUGUGAAUACAAUUUUAGAAACUUUGAAAAUGCUUAGUCUGUGGAAAAGUGACAAAAUUAUUUCUUUCUUUUUUACUUUAUUAAAGAUACCGUGCGAUAUUAUGCUGAUUUUUUUUUAAGGCGAACGAUCGCGAAGGAAGGUUCGAAUUACCCGUUUUCAUUGACCAUUUUUUCUGUAAUUGAGUGACUAUUUCGAUCAUGUCUAGUCGGAUCACGCAGCAAUGGGCGACCUUUUCUCGCUUGUGGUACCUCAUUGAUGCGUAUCGACAGCCUCCUGGAAGGGUAGCAGUGGCCAUCUCUAAAGUUCUUCAGGGCAAACACAAGCCAAUAUACCAUCCGCUUAGUGAUGUUGGAGAUCAUGUAGUGGUGAUAAAUACAAGUCAAGUGGCAUAUUCCAAGGAUAAAUGGGAGGAAAAAAUUUACUAUCAUCAUACAGGAUAUCCCAAGGGCUUCAGUGCUACGCCUGCCCAUGAACUGCAUAAAAAGGAUCCGACCAAGGUUAUAAAGAAAGCUGUAUACGGCAUGCUUCCCAAAGAUCUAAGAAGACGAGAGAUGAUGAGAAGGCUACAUCUGUAUGCUGAUGAUGACGUACCAGAGGACAUUAUUGCCAAUAUCAGUGAGCAAAUCAAACCUAGCAGAGAACUCCCCAAAGCUCUCACAGAAUACACGCAGGAAGAACGGGACAGUUUUCCGAGGUUAUGGCUACCGCAGGAACCAAAGUUCUGACAAGAGGAGCCAACAUCACUCGAGCCAGGGCUGCCAAGAGACUCUAUUUAUUUAAGAACUUCUUAGAAACACCGUGCAUCACCACCAUUGUUCCGCAAGAUUGAAUGCUAUUGCAGAAGCUACUUCUUACAAGACACAGGUGUGCUGUCUGUUCUAGCCACUGGAAGCAGAAUGAUAGCAAUGGUGAGAAACUUUCUUCGAGAAACAUCUUUCUGUAUUACCGCCAUCAUUCAGCAUUCUCAAACGCAACUGUGGAAGCUGCUUUUUGAACGCAGUGUGCUUUUUCUGUGUUAGCCAAUGGAAGGAGAAUGGUCGUUAUGGUGAAAUUGAGCCUCAUGGAAGUUAAUCAGGAUCAGGUGAGGGUUUCAUGAACCAAACAGUCAAUGCUUUUCACUGUCCUAUGUUAUAAGCUACCGAUAUCCUAGCAUCCGAUUGGCUCAGAGCAAACUGGUCAUUGAAAAUCACUGACUUUAUGUUUUAUGAAACACUCCUCUGUUGCUUACUGGAUGGAGACGUACCCUGUACAAGGCCUAAGGGCAAUGCAUUCAGAAGUAAGAGUGAACUAUGUGCAGAAGUCAAAGAGUUAAGUGAAUGAUUUGGAGAACCUUUGUAUUCUUGAUCAAGGAAUCGUUUUGUGUUUGCAAUUUGGAUCAUCUUUGGAUGAAGUCCCAACAGGGGAGCAUUCCGUUUACAUUUUUGUGAGACAAAUUGUCAGACCCGACAACUUUCCUUGAUUUGCAUCGACUGAGAAAUACUGUUUCUAUGGUAAUUGUCGGAUAAAACAGAUUUUGUCCGAUGGAUUAAGUUCUUUCAUGAAACGCUCCCCAGAAUGUUCAUUUUGAACGCACUCAUUUCCAGCUUCAACAUCUCCUAUCCCACUGGCAUGCCAUGUCUGAACAAGCCUCCAUAUCCCACUAGAUUGUACACAGAAAUUAUGCAGAGCUGUGUUCUUUCCUUGUGUGAAAGAGCCUUUAUUAUGUCUUGAUAUUUUUAUCAAAUAGGAAAAGUGAGAAGUAUUUCUGGUUCCAUCGCAGCGUCAUUAUAUUUGAGAACUGUUUGGCUUGUAUUCUCGAAAAAGGUUUCAAUUUUAGCAUGGUACAAAACCAUGGACUACAGUAUGCAGAUUGUUUUGUUAUCGCACCUCAAUUAGGCGCCCCUAUCCCAAAGAACACAUUUAUAAUUGGACUUUUCUUAAUAAUUAUGCACAAAAAUCUGCAUAGUCCAUGGUACCACUGAAACCUCUUUUGGGAAUUCAGGGCUUUGAGUGUGUGAGAAGUUAAUGGAGAUAUGGAGAGGGGGAUCAUAAACGAGGCAGAGCAAAAUCUGUGAAAGGAAAAUAAUGAAAGAAAGGAGAAAGAUAAAGAGGUUGAGGGAUGAGAGAAGGAGAAAAUUAAAGAUAAAUGAAAGAAGUUGCAGUAAAACACUGAUUUCAUGAGAAAGUCUGUAAAACCAAGGUUAACUGUCACUAUAUCACUGUAGAUCGAGAUCUGGUAGAGUUUAUACAUAAACAGAACUUUGUGAAAUCACGAAAUCUAAGCUGAAAGAUCACAAAGACAUGUGGGAGGGUGUAAUAUUAUUAACAGGAAAAAGACCAAACAAAUGGCUAGAAUGUCAUGCUUAUUUCCAUAUCCAUCCAUAUUUUAUUGUUCGAAAUAGACAUGAAAGGAAAUACUCCGAAAAUUUGCUUUGCCCAAUUGAUCGUGGGCCCGUGCAGCGCCAGAUGGAUGAGGCUCUAUCCCUCGUCGUUGAACACCAAACAGGGAUUGCAGCAACUCCCAUCUUUUAACGUCUUUUGGUCCGAUGCGGCCGGGGUUUGAACCCCCGACCUCCCGGUUGUGAGACGGACACUACCAACUGAGCCAACACACCGGUGUCAUGCUUAUUUUGCUAAUUUCUUGGCAAUAACAAUAUCUUGUAGAUUCCUUUGGCAGAUAUUUUGUAUUCAUAAAUACAGACACUUACUUGGAUGAUCAUUUUAUUUGUUUCUGUACAAACUCAUUUUAAAAUUGUUACAACUGGCAAUUAUCUUUAAAUUAGUGGAAGAGACCAAAUGAGAGGAUAAGAGAAUUGAAGACUCCUGAGGAGAAAAUUACAAUGUUUGAAAGCAAAAAGAGACCGGCAAAUGUAGCCAGGAAGGAAUUUGUAGACAAGGAGAAAAGAACUUGUGAAACGUAAGAGAAAGAAGAGAGACAGAAAUAGAGGAUGUUUGUUAUUAAUUAGAAUUCAGGACAAUCAACACUACUUUCUUAAUAUAAAUCUGAAACCAGUUUUAAAACCACUCUCCAUUUUUCUCAUAAUCAUAUCUCACAAUUUGUAUAAUUUCUGACACACACAAACACAGAUGCAGCGAUGCGAUUAUUAUUAGAGAAUUUAUUAAAUUUCAUGACAUGUACAAUUCAAACAUGCUUUCACAAAGCUUUAUUAUACUACACAACAUAUAUAUGUCACAAAUUUCUUCAUCUUAAUAGGGCCAGCAAUACAAAUAAACAGAUUCUGCAAGGCUUCACCUUUCAAAAUGUGACCUGAGGAUUUCCCUUCAAAACCCAAAGGCCUUAAAAUGACCAGGGCCCUGUCUUACAAAAAGCUACGACUGAUCCAAUCAAUCGUAACUCUAUGGAAAUCCACCAGGGUCAUAAUUUUUUAUACAGGAAAUUUGCACAAUGUCCUUGGUAAACAAAGAGAAGCACAGUGAAUUUUCAAGAAAACAAUGCAUGAAUAUAAAUCAUAGUCAAAAAAUAUUUUGAAAAAAGAUGCAUAAUAGAUGUUGAUGUUGUUGGCCGUCCAUCGAGUGAUUGGGUCAAUCGCAACUCUUUGUAAGACGGGCCCCUGAUUUAAAAGCCAUCACUGCAUUGGUCAAAUCAUGCCAAGAGGAUCAGGGGCCAGUUGCAGAAAGAGUUGCAAUCAAUCGCAACUCUAAAACUCAUGCGCAACUUGAUUUUCAACCAAUCAACAGCGCGCAUUUGGGACUUGCGAUUGAUUUUUUUGGCUUGCGUUUAAACGCAACUCUUUCUGCAACGGGCCCCUGCAUUACUGUGUACAAAUAAGAAAGCAUGGUAGAUAUCAUGUGUACAUCAGCAUGCAACAACUAUAAGUCACACUUAAAUGUUUGCGAAGCUCCCCCAGGGACCUUUUAGACAAAAUAUCACAUCUUAACUUCUUGCAUCACCAACAGGAGGGGGGAACCAUGGGGGAAAUUGUCCCUUCCACCCCCCCCCCCUAACACCAAAAAUCUUUAAAUACAAUUUUUGCAUCAUUAAACGCAAAAUGUUUUCUCCCUGCUUCCCCCCCCCCCAAUAAAAAACAAAAAUGUUCUCUUUUGCCCUCCCUUUACCCCAAUACUCACAAAUUCCUGGUGCCACUGCAAUAAUUAGUUGAGAGCCAAUGGUACCAACCAUGGUACAAGAGAAAAAGUUGAUUUUGGUAUUAGACCAAAAUGUAUAACACUGCCUGGCUACAAACCAUUGAAAUAAAUAACUAAAUAUUGGCUCCGUUAUCAUACUUCUAAAACCGAUGUUUUGAUAUUCACCUUGGAAUGGAUGUACCUACAUUUAUUUUCAAUGCAAUAUAAGACUAUGCUAUCCAGCAAAAAUACAUAUAUCAAACCUGUGAGGCAUUUGUAAAACGGGAACACACAUAAAAGAUAUGUUUAAUACUGUAAUACAUUAUAUGAGCCUUGGGAGUGUUUCAUGUACUUUUCACUCAUCUUUUCACUCAUUUUCAGUAACAAAUAUGCUGUGAGCCAAUCAGAUGCAAAGAUUUCAGUAGCUUGUAACAAAUAGUUAAAACAUUUUUUAUAAAUAUUUGUUUCAUGAAAUACUACCCUGGUGAAAACAAUCCUUAGAAAGAUAUAAACACGCAUUUUCACCUCCCACCGUAACAACUCAUACAAAAAGUUUUUCUUCAAAUUAUGGAGCACAAUUGCAUGUUAGCUGUUCAUUCUAAAA